AUGGUUGCCCCAAGAGAUUGUGUAGCUGGUAUACAAGCUUUGCUUUUGACAGUCAUGUCAUAUAUCGUGAGGCAUUUUCUUUCUAAGAGAUAUUCAGAUUCUCAAAAUGCUGAUGGGAUUGAAGAAGAGAAGAAGUCUUGCUUUCUCGAUGCAGCUAUUGGAUUCUGUAAACUUCAACACCUUGAUUCUACCAUAUCUACUAAACAUCAAGUUGAGUUGAUCAUAGGUCUCCAUAAUUUGCUUGCUGAAUAUGGGCUUUGCUGUGCUGGUAUAAAUUGUGCGGGGGAGGAAGGAGCUUUUCUUAGAUUUGCGAUUAAGCAUUUAUUGGCUGUGGACAUGAAAGUCAAAUCCAGUAUUAACUCCCCAGAUGGUCUUGAUAUGGCAUUGCCUGACAAAUUCUGCAGAAAUGAAAUAAAAUCAUUUCUCGCAGAGGUGCAUGUUGAGAAAAACGGAAACAAUAAAACAGAUUCCAAGAAUGAUGGUUGUGAAGGACAAGUUGAUAAAAGGGAAAAAGAACAGUCAGAAGAAGAAAGCAAACCGAUUCCGGAACACACUGAAGAAGUUGCUGAAGAAGAAAAAGAUGAACUUGAGUUGUCGAUCAACAACGCUUUAGAUCAAUGUUUUUUUUGCCUGUAUGGUCUGAAUCUUAGAGUUGAUGGUUCCUACGAAGAUGAGCUUGCUGUGCACAAAAACACUAGCCGGGGAGACUAUCAGACAAAGGAACAAUGUGUUGAUGUCUUCCAGUACAUACUACCCUAUGCCAAGGCUUCAUCUAGAACUGGUCUAAUUAAACUCCGAAGAGUCUUGAGAGCAAUAAAAAAGCAUUUUUCACGACCACCAGAUGAUCUCCUAGUUGGCAAUGUGAUAGAUAAAUUUUUAGAUGACCCUGAUUUAUGUGAAGACAAACUCUCAGACGAGGCUGGUUCUGAAGGAUUCCUCGAAACCAUAAUUAAAUGUAUAAUUCCCAGCAGAACUCUCAGUGAGUACAAGGUAUCACUGCUUCACAGUUCCGACCCAUAUUUGGACGUCUACCGCAACUUGUAUUAUUUCCUAGCUCAGUCUGAGGAAGUUAGUGCUAGUGAUAAGUGGCCCGGCUUUGUUCUCACGAAGGAAGGAGAAGAGUUUGUACAGCAAAAUGCAAAUCUAUUCAAAUAUGAUCUGCUUUACAAUCCUCUGCGCUUUGAGAGUUGGGAAAAACUUGGCAAUAUAUACGACGAGGAAGUAGAUUUGUUGCUAAAUGAUGGGAGCAAGCACAUAAACGUUGUUGGAUGGCGGAAGAAUUCCGCUCUUUCACAAAGAGUUGAGAAAAGCAGAAGAAGAAGCAGACGUUGCCUGCUUAUGAGUUUGGCAUUGGCAAGGUCACCAGAUCAACAGUCCGAGAUACAUGAGCUUUUGGCGCUGGUAUACUAUGACAACCUUCAGAGUGUUGUGCCGUGUUAUGAUCAGCGGUCUGUGCUACCCUCCAAGGAUGCGACGUGGACUAGAUUUUGUGAGAACUCAAUGAAGCAUUUCAACAAAGCUUUUGCACAUCGACAAGACUGGUCUCAUGCAUUCUACAUGGGAAAACUCAGUGAGAAGCUUGGGCAGUCGUAUGAAAUUGCUUUAUCCUAUUAUGAGCAAGCCAUGAAAUUGAAUCCGUCAGCCGUUGAUCCUGUGUAUAGAAUGCAUGCUUCUCGUCUGAAGCUGCUAAAUGCGUGUGGGAAACAGAACUUAGAAGCCUUAAAGGUCCUCGCCUUGUACUGCUUUGAUGAAUCUAUAAAGGAUACUGCUAUGACAAUCAUUGGUACAGCGACUUUUGGAUCCUCCCGUACACUAGAAGAAGGUCGAGAUGGAAACUUGGAAGCAAGUUAUGCUAAAACUGGAGAAGGAUCAAUUCAGAUGGAAGGGGUAUGGCAUAUGCUUUACAACGACAGCCUUUCUGCACUGGGAAUAUGUGUAGAAGGAGAUCUUAAACACUUUCAUAAGGCGAGAUACAUGCUUGCCCAAGGGCUGUAUAGAAGGGGUGGGAGCAGUGAUCUGCAAAGAGCAAAAGAAGAACUCUCUUUUUGUUUCAAAUCAUCCAGGUCAAGUUUUACGAUCAAUAUGUGGGAGAUUGAUGGCAUGGUUAAAAAGGGAAGGCGGAAAACUCCAGGUUUGGCUGGUAACAAGAAGGCUCUUGAAGUUAAUCUGCCAGAAAGCUCACGGAAAUUCAUUACUUGCAUCCGUAAAUACUUACUGUUCUAUUUGAGACUAUUGGAGGAAACUGGAGAUGUCAACACACUAGAACGAGCAUUUAAUUCUCUUCGGUCAGAUAAGAGGUUCUCUCUAUGCAUUGAAGACCUUGUACCAGUUGCAAUAGGAAGAUAUGUAAAUGCACUGGUUUCCUCGAUGAGUAGGGUUGAGUCUGCAGAAGCAAAAAUCAACCCUGAUAGUAACUUAGAGAAAAUAUUUUCCCUCUUUAUUGAACAAGGAAGCAUAUGGCCAGACAUAUGCAAUUUUCCUGAAACAAGAGGUCCAGAAACCUCAGAAAACAGCUUAUACAGAUAUUUACAUCAAUACAUCGUAUCUCUUGAACUAGACAACAAGGUUGAGACCUUGGAAACCAUAAAUGAAAAGAUUCGAAAGCGUUUCAAGAAUCCAAAGUUGUCUAAUAGUUUUUCGGCUAAAGUUGGAAGACAUGCUUCUCUUGCUUGGUGCCGAGCUCUGAUAAUAAGCUUGGCAUUGAUUACCCCCUUGCAGCAAGUAUCCUCAGCGGAAUGUCAAGCAAUAACUCCACCAUUUGGUAUACUGAAAAACAAACGGGUGCUUUGUGUUGAUCUUCAGUCAGAAUUCUGGAGUUCUUCAUUCGAGGAUCCCUCAGAAUCCCAAAUGCUUGAGGCAAAAUGGCGCCCUGUUCUGUACAAGAUCAAGAAUGUACUGAUUACCAAUAAAGUUGUGGAGGAGAAUCUGGAGAUCGCUAACUCCCUACUUAAAAGUUGCUACAAUUUCUUCCGAGAAACUGCUUCAGUGACACUCCCUUCUGAUAUCAACCUCUAUUUCGCACUGCCUCAACUAUCAACAGCUGGAGAACUUCUUCCAGGCAGUGAAGGAGUUGAAGUCAUUGAUGUAAGCAUCCCAAGGAAGCUUCUUUUGUGGGCUUACACGCUUUUUCAUGGACAUUGCGGUAGCAUCUCUCAGGUCGUGAAAUAUAUGGAAGAAAAUACCAAGCCAAAAAUGAAGAGAGGAGCCUCAACUUCAUCAGUGGUUCCUUCGGUUCAAUCAGGUGGAAGCAAUGAACUCGACGCUGCUCCUAAGCCUGUGCAGGUGAUAGUACCCGACACUGCUCCUAAGCCUGUGCAGGUGAUAGUACCCGAUUCGUUGGGUGGGGAUAGUUCUGUCUCUACACCUGCACCAUUGUAACAGAGCUUUUCUAAUUUCUUCUUUUCAUAUUGUUGUAACAUGAUUUCAGCUAAGGGGAGAAAAAGAAAAUAGAGUAAAUUGUCAUAUAGCGUUUCUCAGUUGGGUGUAUAUUAAUGUAUUGUUAGAUGAUGUAAUUUAAUUAUAGCAAGAAUGGUCAAUCUAUUGCAA